UCUUCUCUCGCCGGCGCAUACAUCGCCCGACUUCUGUUUCCCCACUCAAAUUUCACCAUCCAUCUCUCUCUCAUUCAAAAUUUCCCAAUUCCAGAGCAACCAAAUCGAGGAAAUCUUAUCCAUUGCCCGAGGAGGAAUGAGUAUUUAUUAUAUUGCUCCAACUGUCAACCGCCGCAACUGUUCACCAGCAGCGAUGGAUCUCUGCCUCCUUAAUCCAUGCAAACUUCGUCUCUCUUGUUUCACAGUGACUUCAUGCUCUAAGCAUACCUCAGAUUCCGACGUCAAUUCUCCGCCGCAGAACCUCCAAAUUCGUAAGAUUUCGAAGAAGGAACUCUCACGAGUCUUGAGGAAGGAAUCUGCCAUUCAAUCCGUUGAGAGAAAAGCAAACUCUUCGAAGUACAACAAUCUUUGGCCCAAGUCUGUUUUGGAAGCUUUAAAUGAUGCAAUUAAGCAAAACCGCUGGGAGUCUGCCCUUAAGAUAUUCAAUCUUCUACGUCGGCAACAGUGGUAUGAGGCACGGUGUCAGACAUAUGCAAAGCUAUUAGUGAUGCUUGGUAAAUGCAAGCAGCCAAAUCAGGCUACCUUGCUUUUCGAGACGAUGCUGUCUGAUGGCCUAAAGCCUACCGUUGAUGUGUACACUGCACUGGUGAGUGCCUAUGCCCUCAAUGGCCUCUUAGACAAGGCAUUUUGUGUUAUUGAUGAGAUGAAAUCGGUCCGUGAUUGCAAACCGGAUGCUUUCACUUACUCUACUCUCAUCAAAAGCUGCAUUAAGCUUCAUCGUUUUGAUUUGAUUGAGCUUAUUCUGAAGGAAAUGGUGCAUUCAGGAAUUAAAUGUACUGUUGUGACCUAUAAUAUCCUUAUCGACGGAUAUGGAAAAGCUAAACAUUUUGAUCUAAUGGAGAGCUCAUUGACUAAUAUGAUUCAUAGUGGAAAUUGUCUUCCAGAUAUUUUUACUUUCAAUUCUGUAAUUGGGGCUUACGGUGGAUGUGGAAAGAUCAAGGAAAUGGAGAAUUGGUUUGACGAAUUUCAGCUGAUGGGAUUAAAGCCUGACAUAGUGACAUAUAACAUCUUGAUUAAGUCCUACGGUAAUUCUGGUUUAUACCCGAAGAUGACAUCUGUGUUAGAUUUUAUGGAGAAGAGAUUCUUUUCUCCUACAAUAGUUACCUAUAACAUAACGAUUGAUACAUUUGGAAAGGCUGGGAAUAUAAAGAAGAUGGAAGAAAUUUUUCUGAAGAUGAAACAUCGAGGUCUGAAACCUAAUUCAGUUACAUACAGUUCUCUUGUCAGUGCAUACUGUAAAGCAGGGCUUUUGGGAAAGAUUGAUUCAAUUAUAAAGCAAGUAGUGAAUUCGGAUGUCGUACUGGAUACGACUUUCUUCAACUGUAUCAUCCAUGCUUAUGGAAAUGCUGGUGAUAUAGAAAGUAUGAUGCAGUUUUUUGAUGCAAUGGAGGCAAAUGGUUGCAAACCUGAUAAUAUAACGUUCAGUACAAUCAUCCAGGCCUGUCGCUCACAAGGAAUGAUUGAUACUGAGAAUUUGGAGAGUCGUAUGAUUCUUGGUGAUGCAUAAUUCAGGAAGGAAACAGAUUCAUGGGAACUGAAAAAACGUUUAUGAAGGAUAAGUAUCCUGUUAUUUAUCAUGAAUACAAGAAAGAAGUUCGGUUAGCUCCAUCAUCACAUGUUUCUUCAGGAUUCUGGUAAGUCAUCAGGCAGCCAAUGAGUUAAUAGGAGAUUAUGAAUGGAUUAUGAGUGGAUUAUGGUGGGUCUGAUGUGUUAGAAAAGAAGAUUUGAUAAGAGAUGUGGAUCUCCAUGUUCUAUCUUGCGAAACGGUUAAUUUGGAAGUAUGAAGCAAGCUAGCGUUACAAGGUAAGCAACUUAAUUGCGGGUUAGAAGAUGGUGCCUAGAUUUUCAUUUCAGACCGGGUAACAUAUAACCUUAAGGGUGUGUUUGGUUUAUCGGAUAUGGCAACAUAGGGAAUGUUAAAUGGUAAAUGCAGAUGUUUGGUUUGAUUGUUA